AUGAGGGGGAGGAUAAAUGGCACGAAGGGAAAAGGCGAGCACGGAUGGUAUGUGCUCACUCCUGACUAUGAUCUAUAUGAGCAAAGCUACUCCUUGACUGGUGAAGACGGGCCGGUUCGAUUCAAGGUGAAGGGUCGCCAUUUUACGUAUUAUUCGAGGGUCAAUGCCCCCGUUUACAAGUUUGCAGCGGAUCCUGGCGAUGCCGAUAUGAGGGGAUACAUCGAAACGGCGCUUGACGAGUUGGGGCUGGAGACGGUCCCUCCCGACAGCUGGCGCCCUGCUGAGGUAAAAGUGGCCAGGCACAAGGUUUCUACUUCAUCUCUUCUGGGUCGGCGGUUUGUGCCUCGCAGGAUUACAAAAGGCCGGGGGCUGCUGGAAGAUCCCGUGCCGGAGCCUGAUCUGGACCCUCUAGGAUUGACGCCAGCCCUGCGAGGGCAGCUUCAAGGACUGUCUCUGCCGCCUACCGGCUUCAUGUGGGCUGCUCUGUUGCCUGGUCUGCCUGGGCAGCCUAGACAAGCUGUGGAAGUGGCUGCGGUGGAGGGUAAAGGUGUCCAGUUUGGGGAACACUUAGGCAUGAUUCAUCAUGACACUCUUGGUUGGGUUCCCGUUCACAUGGUCAGAGUCAAGGAUGCCCCCGAGCUCUUCCGUGAUCACCUUGGGCAAGGAGCCUCGGCACAAGCGAUGGACGGACUUUGGGCAACAGAGUCCGGGGCCCGGGGGUCGGACGAAGCUACCCCAUCAGCAGAGGCCGAAGCUUUGGAUGCCAGGGUACUGGAAGUGGACUACAACGCGGCGGGUGAGCGAUACAAAGAUUGGAAGCAGUUAGUCUUGGAAGCAAAGGACUACUCAUUCAGCGACUGGCCUCUCGAGGGGCCUCUUUCUACAGCUCAUCUCCUCCGCCACUUCGGGAAGUUCGGUGGGGAUCCUAAACGUUGGCUGUCGGAAUGGAUGAGGGUGCGUCAGGUGAGUGACUCAGAUCGUGUUGCUUUCGAGAUGCGCACCUUGAUCGACUGUUUGUUCACGGCAGGCAGCUACGACCAACUCAACGUCCCAUCCCUGGCCUGCAUGGAAAUCAUUUCUAGGCGUGUCCAGGGGAUAGUGGAUGCUUACUCAGCUGGAUCUCCAGGAAAUCCGGACUGGUCUAACACCCGGGUGAUCACCGGGUACAAGGGGGCAGAGGACGCUAUCUCGCCGGCGCUCCGCACAUGGGCGGCCCGGCGGAGUAAGGAGGAAGUGGACCUUGCAGUCUCUCGUGCGCGUGUCAGAGAUCAUCGGCGGGGGCUGCAGAUUCCAACCGUGGUGGAGGAAGCAUCCGCCAAUGCAGUGGCAGACGGGGUUCUGCCCAAUGCGGGGCAGAAAGCCAAGGCAAAGCCUGGAAAGGGGUGUGCUGAAGCGAUUGAGGCAUUGAACUGGUUAUCGGGUAGUCUCGACAGGAUCCCAACUCCGGAGGCAGCCCUUUCGGCGUUGCUCCGUGGCAGAUCUGAGUAUGGCUCCGACCUGCCGACUGCAUUGGCGACCUGCUCCCUCGAGCGCAUUUCUUUGCCAGACGAUGUGUCGAACGCUCCCAAUGUGGAGAGCCUUCUGGACAAGGAUGCCCGUCGAUUUUUGCAGUGUCCAGAGCAGAUGCUGAAGCCUGACGCUAAAGGCGACCCGGACUUUCAGCCUUACUGGGAUCCCCUACUCAAAAGGGAUAAUAGUCUUUACAAACGCUUUAUCUUGAAGCUGGAUAAAGCAGGGUUCUUGGUUUACACCAACACACCCAAGAGUCACUGUGGAGUGUUCUUUGUCAAGAAGAGCGACGGCCAGCGUAUUCGCAUGAUAAUCGACUCUCGAGGUACCAACAUGAUGUUCAACUCCCCUCCUGGCGUGGAAUUGCUGACUUCGGACGGGUUUGCUAGAAUUGAGCUUGUGCCACCUGAUCAUCUAGAGCCCGGCUCGCAGGAGUUCGAAAGCUUCAUGAAUGACCAGAAGGUGGGCAUUGGGUUGUCGGAUGUAAAGGACUGCUUCCAUCGCUUACGUCAGCCCUUCUGGUUGGCUGAAUAUUUCUGCCUUGAUCCAAUUCCAGCAGAGUGGGUGAACUUGGUUGGUUCGGUCAUCAACGGUUCGAAGAUUGCUGCCGGUGACCUUGUGUGGCCUGCUCCAGGAUCCUUAUGCAUGGGGUUCACCUGGUCCCUCUACUUUGCGCAGCGCGUGUCGGAGCGCUUAAUGGCUAUGGUUCCUUGCCUGGCCGCCUCACGUCUUGUGAACGACAGGAGCGGCUCCAUCGUGCUGAACCAGAGGGACAAUGAAGAAGGCAAGACCAAUUUGCACCACUAUGUUUAUGUGGACAAUCUUGGCUUGCUCAGCACAGACCUUAAGACAGCAGAAACUGGUAUCCGGGAGGUCGAGCAAGUCUUCACGGAGCACCAGCUGAUUUUGCAUGCAGGCACUGUCUCGGGGGGUUCAACUCGUGCGCUUGGUUGCGACCUCAGGGCGGAUCUCCUUGCCUCCCGGGUCACUCCAGAGAGAUAUCACAAUCUCCGGCAGGCCCUUGAAGGACUUCUUCGUAGACGGCGAGUUUCAGGCCGCCUCCUGGAGGUCGUGAUCGGGCAUGCCACAUUUGUUGGACUUAUGUGCAGGCCUACCCUGAGCGUCUUCAACACUGUCUAUCGUUUCAUCCAGGCCAACUACUCGAAACCUGCAGCGCUUUGGGAAACAGCUAGACAGGAGCUUGCAACCUUCCGAGGAGGGCGAUGUGCCACCGUUGGCCGGGAGCUCGAGCGUGGGCGCUUCAGAAAGUUGGGUUCCCACUCAGCGAGGGAGACGGCUCUGACGGCGGCUGGCUUUGUCCGUGACUCAGUGACUGAUGAGUGGAAGGCCGGCUGGCUCACCUCAGAUGAGUACCUGGCCAGGAGUGGCUGGGGUAUCAAUCAUGACUUUCUUGAAGUACCUGGCCGGUUACUAAGUUCGAAAGAUUGGAGCCCAUGUAUGUGGGGCAAAUGGCAAUAUCCUGCUGGCAUCCUGGAACUGGAGGCGAGAGCCUUGGUGAAAGGACUGCGACGUGUGGCCCUGAGUCACUUCGGUCACGACAUGAGGCAGCUUAUUUUGACCGACAACAUGAGCGUAUGUUUGGCCUUUGAUAGAUCUCGGGCUCGCAGUUACGCCCUCCUGGUACAGAUUAGAAAGUUCAGUGCCUACCUUUUGGCCAGAAACCUUUCAUGCGCUGUGCGUUGGGUGCCUUCGGAGUUGAACAACGCCGACCGUCCAAGCCGUUUGGACACUGAAGAGGACAGCAAACUUCUCACAGAUGUCCUCCCCUCCAUCAAAAGCCAGGAGGGCCCAUCCCGGCUGACGGAGCCAAAGUUCGAGAACCUAGAGCAGUCCCUUUCGACACCACGUGCCAAAGGCAACUUCGACUUGGGGACUGUGAGUUUGGAGACACCAGGGCGAGCAAGCAAGCGUGCGCGAGUGGAAGAGGACAGCCAGACCAGUUCAACCAGCGACACCGUGACCGAGAAGCAAGGUGGUGCCAGAAAGAAGAAACUGGAGAGGCGUGCGCGGAGGAGAGCCCGGACCUCGUGGACCAGCGCUCUCGCGGACGAGGGCAUGACCUUCUUGGAGUCGAGCGCAGUGGCAGCGACUACGUCAAAACAGUACAAGGAGGAGGUUGGACAAGUUUUUCCGCUUUGGAAGACCGCGUGGCCUCGACCUUGGCGACGCUGCUCAGACCGACGUCCUCCUCCUGGACUACCUGAACCUCCUCUACAAGGAAGGGCACCAGAGCUACAAGGCAGAGAGGCUCAUGGCCUCUUUGCUGCGCAGCCGGCCAGACUACGGGCGCCUGGGCACGAAGAAACUGACCCGUUCGUGGCGAGCACUGAAGGGUUUCCGGCGCCUCACACCCGGCAGAACCCGGAAGGCGUUUCCUCUGGCUGUUUGGGCAGCCUUUGCAGUGGAGAUGCGGCGUCUGGGACGACUUCGCAUGGCCCUUUUCUUGCUCACUGCGGCUACUCCAGGCCAUCAGAGUUGCUGAGGGCCAGAGCUUGCAGCCUUGUUCGGCCAGUGGAUGGGGUCACCAGGGCGUGGACCCUGUUGCUCUCGCCGGAAGAGGAGAGGGUCACUUCGAAAACUGGGGACUUCGACAUCUCCAUUGCCCUCGACAGCCCUUGGGUGCUGCCUUGGAGCGACAAACUGUUCUGCUUGCUGAAGUCCUGCCACCCGAUGACCCCACUCUGGGACUUCGACUACCGGGAGUACUCAGAGGUCUUCAAACAGGUGGCGAACCAGCUGGGGGUGGAGGCCACUCCAUACCACACGCGUCACAGCGGGCCAUCAAUCGACAGAGCACGAGAAUACCGCACACUCCUGGACGUGCAGAAGCGAGGCCAGUGGAAUUCACACAAAAGCGUAGUUCGCUACGAGAAAAGUGCCCGGCUGGCCAAGAGCUGGGAGUCCCUGCAGGACGACUUUCGAGCACACGGGGAGUGGUGCGAGCAAAACCUUGGGGCAAUCCUGCUCGGGCACAAGGAGGCCAGAGGUUUUGUCGCAACCGGGACCUGGGCAAGAGGUACGUGA